GAAUAACUGGGGCUUAAAUGCAGCCAUCGAAUUGUAUAUAUUAUCGUACGAUAGUCAUAUUUAUCAAUCGCAAAAAUGGCACAACUUAAUAAUUACCAUGGAUCACGGUGGUGGGAAGUGAUGAACAACAACAAAGACGAGCUUACUCUUGCCAUUUCAGCAAUGAUUUUGAUUGCUUUGUGGUACAGAUGGACAUCUUCAAGCUCCUCCAAUGGUGGACCACCAUUGCCACCAGGUCCCCGUUCAUUGCCAAUUGUUGGCCACCUUCCAUUUCUUGGUCGAGACCUGCACAAACAGUUCCUUAACAUGGCGCACAGUUAUGGUCCCAUUUUCAAGUUCUAUCUGGGGAGCAAACUUCAUGUCGUGAUAAGCACUCCCGAGCUAGCAAAGGUAGUGGUUCGUGACAAAGAUGAGAUCUUUGCUAACCGCAAUUCAACAAUCGCAGCCUUAAUAAUCACCUACGGGGGCCAAGAUAUAGCAUUCUCUGACAACAACUCGGAUUGGCGUAACCUUCGCAAGAUAUUUGUCCAUGAGGUCCUUAGCAACAAGAAUCUUGAAGCAUCUAGUUGUUUCCGAAGAGAUGAAGUUAGAAAAACUAUCAAGAAUGUUUAUACUAAAAUCGGGACCUCAAUUAACAUUAGCGAGAUUGCGUUCUCCACAGAGGCCAAUGUUCUAAAGAGCAUGGUUUGGGGAAACACUUCAGCUCAAAAACCAAAAGGUAGCCAUUUUGGAGCAGAGAUGCAGAUGGUUUCUGCGAAUAUUGUUGAGCUCAUGGGACAGCUGAAUGUCUCUGAUAUCUUCCCUAGUCUUGCAUGGCUUGAUCUACAAGGCGUGGAGCGGAAUAUGAAGGAGCAACUUCGUCUGUUGGAUCAAAUUUUCACAACGAUUAUUGACGAUCGAAUCGAAUCUAACUCUAAAAAAUCGAAGUAUGCAAUUAGGAAUGAAGGAAAGAAAGAUCUUCUACAAGUGUUAUUGGAGCUCAUGGAUCAAAACGAUGGAAUAUCAAUUAACCGGACUCAAAUAAAAGCACUCAUCCAGGACAUUAUGGUUGCAGGAACAGAAACAACGACAACGCUGAUAGAGUGGGCAAUGGCAGAGAUCAUGCAAAAUGAUGACAUAAUGAAAAAGGUUCAACAAGAAUUAGAAGAAAUCGUAGGACUUGACAACAUUGUCGAAGAAUCUCAUCUCCCCAAACUACAAUACCUAGAUGCAGCUAUUAAAGAAACAUUUCGGUUGCACACAGUAGUCCCUCUCAUACUCCCAAGGUCGCCAAGCCAGGAUUGUAUGGUAGGAGGAUACACCAUUCCAAAGGGUUGUACAGUGUUUCUGAAUGUUUGGGCAAUCCAUCGGGAUCCUCGAUAUUGGGAGAAUCCGUUAAAAUUCAAUCCAGAGAGAUUCUUGACAAACAAAUGUGAUUUCAAUGGAAGCAAUUUAAAGUUCUUCCCAUUUGGAUCAGGGAGAAGAUCAUGUCCUGGUAUUCCAUUGGCCGAGAAAAUGCAAAUGUAUAUCUUGGCUUCGCUAUUGCACUCAUUUGACUGGAGUUUGCCGGAGGGUGAAGAGCAUGACCUUUCCGAAAAUUUUAGCCUUACACUAAAGAAAAGAGAACCACUCAUCGCUAUCCCAUCACAAAGGUUGUCCAACGUAAGCCUCUAUGUGUAAGUUCUUUGUUAUGUAGAUGGAAUGCACUGUACCAAUUUCUAGUUUCAACUUUUAUUGGGUGUAUGAGUAGUGAAUAACUUUCGUUCUCUGGUUAUGGUUAUUAUAUGAGUUAAUUUUAAAAUAAUUAA